UUCUCUGUGGCGUACAUCACGAAGCAAAAAUAUUAAAUGAUGCUACAACUCUGCACACAUUUUAGCACAUUUGCUUUAUUGUUUAAAACAUCACUUUUGUUAUUUUCAUCAUAUUGACAAUAGAAUAACAGCGGAUUGUUGGGCGCAAUUGCUAACAGUUAAACAAAAAUAACAAUAUUUUACUGAUACUGAUAUUCAAAGUAUGAACAGCCUCAACAUACCCACAGAUUUUGGUCCCGACUCAGGCGGCCGUGUAAAAGGUCUGGUUAUUGUUAAGCCCAUUGUAUAUGGAAACAUAGCACGCUCUUUUGGCAAAAAGAACGAAGAUGGGCAUACGCAUCAAUGGAAAGUGUAUGUGAAGCCUUAUCACAAUGAAGAUAUGUCGGUUUAUGUGAAGAAAGUGCAUUUCAAGUUGCACGAAAGUUAUGCAAAUCCAAAUCGCAUUGUCACUAAGCCACCAUAUGAAAUAACCGAAACAGGUUGGGGUGAAUUUGAGGUGGUAAUCAAGAUAUAUUUCCACGAUCCAACAGAACGCCCGGUAACAUGUUAUCAUAUAUUGAAACUCUUCCAAAGCCCUGUCGUCGAUGGCGAACUUUCUAGUAAUUUGGACAAUACCAAACGCUUAGGUGCCGCAAAUGUUCAUUUAGUAUCCGAGUCUUAUGAAGAAAUCGUGUUCCAAGAACCUACACAAUUAAUGCAACAUUUUCUUAUGAACGUACAGCCGCUCACUAGUGGCUCAUAUACACAUGAUACGGACUUUGAAGUAAAAAAGGAGAAAACAUUGGAAAACAUAAUUGAAGUAAAAGGAAAAGUUAAAAGUGAAGUCAAUACGCUUAAGGAAAAAUUAAAAUUGGCACGCGAAACUAUAAACAAGUUUAAGGCAGAACUUGCAAAAGUGCAAAAACCACCAACAAACUAAAUUAUUUGUAGUUAAUAAUUUUAAUUAUUUUUAUAAAUAAAUACAUAUAUUACUAAGUAUAU